AACCCGGUCCAGGGGUCGACCCCGCGCUUCUUCACCUGGGAGGAGGUGGCGCAGCGCACGGGAAGAGGCAAAGAACAGUGGCUCGUGAUUGACCGGAAGGUGUACAACGUCACCAAGUUCACCCGCCGGCACCCCGGGGGCUCCCGGGUCAUCAGCCACUACGCGGGGCAGGAUGCUACGGAUCCCUUUGUGGCGUUCCACAUCAACCAGGGCCUUGUGAGGAAGUAUAUGAGCUCUCUCCUGAUUGGAGAACUGUCUCCGGAGCAGCCCAGCUUUGAACCGACUAAGAAUAAAGAGCUGACUGAUGAGUUCCGGGAGCUUCAGGCCACGGUGGAGCGGAUGGGGCUCAUGAAGCCCAACCAUGUCUUCUUCUUAAUGCACCUGCUGCACAUCCUGCUGCUGGACGUUACUGCCUGGCUCAUUCUUUGGCUCUUCGGGACCUCCUUCGUGCCCUUCGUCCUCUGUGCGGUGCUGCUCAGCACAGUUCAGGCCCAGGCUGGCUGGCUGCAGCAUGACUUGGGACACCUGUCCGUCUUCAGCACCUCUACGUGGAACCACCUGGUACAUCAUUUUGUGAUUGGCCACCUGAAGGGGGCCCCUGCCAGUUGGUGGAACCACCUGCACUUCCAGCACCAUGCCAAGCCCAACUGCUUCUGCAAAGACCCAGACAUCAACAUGCACCCCUUCUUCUUUGCCUUGGGGAAGAUCCUCUCUGUGGAGCUUGGGAAACAGAAGAAAAAGUACAUGCCAUACAACCACCAGCACAAAUACUUCUUCUUGAUUGGGCCCCCAGCCUUGCUGCCUGCCUACUUCCAGUGGUAUAUUUUCUAUUUUGUUAUCAAGAGGAAGAAGUGGGUGGACUUGGCCUGGAUGACGUCCUUCUAUGUGCGCAUCUUCCUCACUUAUGUGCCACUGUUGGGGCUGAAGGGCUCCCUGGGCCUCCUCUUCCUGGUCAGGUUCCUAGAAAGCAACUGGUUCGUGUGGGUGACACAGAUGAACCACAUCCCCAUGCACAUCGAUCACGACCGGAACGUGGACUGGUUCUCCAUGCAGGUCCGGGCAACGUGCAACGUCCACAAGUCGGCCUUCAAUGAUUGGUUCAGUGGCCACCUCAACUUCCAGAUUGAGCACCAUCUUUUCCCCAGGAUGCCGCGACACAACUACCACAAAGUGGCUCCCCUGGUGCAGUCCCUGUGUGCCAAGCAUGGUAUAGAGUACCAGUCCAAGCCCCUGCUCUCGGCCUUCGCCGACAUUGUCCACUCACUGAAGGAGUCCGGGCAACUCUGGCUGGAUGCCUAUCUUCACCAGUAA